AUUACCUCACUGCCUCCGGUGGCUGCUGGGAUACCGGAAGACUCGGGUCCCGGCUCGGCUCAGUCCUCCAGCUGCCCCGGGGAAUACCUUUAGCAGUUCUUUCCUACCGCUACCGCCGCCCCGCCGCUUCCUCCUCCGCCCGCCCCCCGCUGGCCUUCUUGGCCCCGCCCCGUCCGCGCCGCGCGUCUGGCCCGCCCGCGGCCCGCUUCUCUCGGGAGCCCCCACCCAGGUGCAUGGCUCCAUGAAGCAGGAGGAGGAGGCAGAGCGCGAGAGGUCCCGUCUGCCCCGGCUGCGUCUGGGCCAGGAGGAAAGGUACAGGAAGAAGGAAUGGAAUCGGAAGGAAGAAAAUUCAUUUCAGAGACAAAAUAGCUCCCCUCCUCUGUUAUAGCUGUUCCCCUGGCAAUACAAACUUUCUGCUUUCAGGUUCCGCAGCAUUCCAGACCUCAAGCACCGGUUCAGGAUGGGAAAAAGACGCUGCGUCCCCCCACUGGAGCCCAAGCUGGCAGCAGGCUGUUGCGGGGUUAAGAAGCCUAAGCUGUCUGCAGGUGGGACGCACGGCCACGGGAGCCAGUCCACAGCCGUCCCCGGCUCCAGUGCGGGGCCUCUUCAGAACCACCAGCAUGUGGACGGCGGCAAUGGUCGCGAGAACGUGUCGGACUUGACUCUGGGACCUGGAAACCCUCCCAUCACACGUAUGAACCCUGCAUCGGGAGCGCUGAGCCCUCUCCCCCGGCCCAAUGGAACUGCCAACGUCACCAAGAAUCUGGUGGUGACUGCAGAGAUGUGCUGCUACUGCUUCGACGUCCUCUACUGUCACCUGUACGGCUUCCCACAGCCACGCCUCCCUAGGUUCACCAAUGACCCCUACCCGCUCUUUGUGACGUGGAAGACAGGGCGGGACAAGCGGCUUCGUGGCUGCAUUGGGACCUUCUCAGCCAUGAAUCUUCAUUCAGGACUCAGGGAAUACACGCUAACCAGUGCACUUAAGGACAGCCGGUUCCCCCCCCUGACCCGAGAGGAGCUGCCUAAACUUUUCUGCUCUGUCUCCCUCCUUACUAACUUUGAGGAUGCCAGUGAUUACCUGGACUGGGAGGUUGGGGUCCAUGGGAUUCGAAUUGAAUUCAUCAAUGAAAAAGGCGUCAAACGUACAGCCACAUAUUUACCUGAGGUUGCAAAGGAACAAGAUAGUUAUACUGGGAUCAUAUCUGACAGGAAAGACUCAGAAGCAGGGGGCCUGGGGACAGCCGUUAGUGACGUGUGUUGGGCGUCAUCUCACAUCUCGGAUUCUCCUUGGACUGCCAACUGGGAUCAGAUCCAGACGAUAGACUCCUUGCUCAGGAAAGGUGGCUUUAAGGCUCCAAUUACCAGUGAUUUCAGAAAAACCAUCAAACUCACCAGGUACCGAAGUGAGAAGGUGACAAUCAGUUACGCAGAAUAUAUUGCUUCUCGACAGCACUGUUUCCAGAAUGGCACUCUUCAUGCCCCGCCCCUCUACAAUCAUUACUCCUGACACGCGGCUGCAUGACCAGUCCCACCCCCCCGUGGCCACCAGUGGCUAUGACAUCAUCGGAGCAGAUGCCUCCUCUUCCUGGUCCAGUUACUUUUAUUACUGCACCAUUUUAUGAUGCUAGCUUCCGUUGCCAAGUCUGCCUCCAGCCGACUGAGGGGGGCGGGGUUACAUCGAAUGAAACAGAACUUGAGGGGCCCAAGCCUUAUCUCAGCCUUUCCUCAGUAUGGGGUUCCGUUGGAUUGGGGCUCCUCCAUGACUAGUGAGAAUUCCGUGUGGGUUCAGAAGACCUUGGCUGCAGGUGCCGCUGGUGAUUUGCUGCCUGUGUGUUGGCCACUCAGUGGAAGCUGGAAUUGAUGGUCCAUGAAGGCUUAGCCCACACACACCCCUGCAGCCUCCCCAGAGCGAGUAGGUGUAUUCCCCUGGCAGUCUGGGCAACGGAGACCAACAAGAAACGUUUUUAGGUUGUUUUAAAUUCCUUUUUUUAAACUUCCAGUGUAUUGCAUACCACGAGUUGAUCUCAACCUCCAUGCUUCGUAAGUGGACGCCAUGUUAGGGUCGAACGUGGGCACCGUGGGUCCUUUGCGGCUCCUGGACAGAGACCCACCUCAAGAUCGGAAGCCCUUUGGAUGGCGUUGCAGAUCUCAUUGCUCAGUUAGCCUCAAAGGUUUUAAUUCUCAUCCCACUCUCAGUUGGAUUUUCUGGCACUCUUUCUGCAUUGAGUCUCCUGGUACUGAACAGAGCGCUGUGGUGUAGCCUGCUGAGGAAUGUACUGGGAUGCCCGCGGGAGGCCCUGACGGCAUCGCUGCGAGCAGUGUCGAGGGAGAGGCCUCUUCCUUACCACCCGGCUACCUCACUCCUCUACUGGUGGCAGUGCCUAUAGCUGGAUCUAGGUUCUCAGAGGGCACAGGUGUUCACACAAGCACUUGGGUUGGCCUCUAGAAGGGCACGUUGGCAUAGGAGAGAAUCCAGGGUCUCUAAGCUGUUUCUCUGUUCAGGCAAACAUCCUGAGAGACCUGUAAGCAGAGGAGUUCCUUUUUCUAGUUUGCCUGGAGAAGUGGGAAAACUGUUGCUCUUACAGUCCUUACAGGACUUGAGAACAAAGCUGUGUCAUUAAACAAGGUGAAUCUUUAUCUUGCCUAACAUGCCGGGAAUCUUCACCCCACCAUGGCAGAGUUCCAAAUAGCUCAUUUUAUUCUAGGUCAUUCAUACUUUUCAUGUGGCAUAUUUCCCUUUCUCGUUGUUGCUGAUUCCAAAUACCUGUCAGCAAGUUUCUCCUCCCUCUUGCCUAUUCUUCACUCAUGUGGUGGCAAAGUUCAUAGAAGUUGGGGACUUGGAAGACGCUUUGAAAACAUGGUCACAGAAGCACUGCUGAAAUGAUUCACAGGAAGAGGUGGCCAGUUGGAAGAAAGGACCCUACGGGUGAUACACUGGUUUUCAACAACGUGUUUAGAGAACUCUUGACGUGGAUUGGGUGUCAACCCAGUGAACACAAUGUUUUGAUUUAAUUUAUUUUUAAUGUUUAUGUGGUAGUGGUGUGGCUUUCCGAAAUGGGCAGAUGUUCAAGUCAAAGGGUCUUUGGAGUUUUCUUCUGCCAGGAACGGGGGAGGGGGAGCAGGGGCACAGUCUAAGGAACGACACACGUGCUCUUCUAGGCGUGGCUGUCUCGUUUCUUGAAGAGAUGGGUGAGGGUGAGCUGGUGAGCUCGGCACCGUCCUCUGCUGUGGGCGAGGGUGUGGAACGGGCAAGGGGAGCGCCGGCUGACGUCUGGAUGCGCGGGCUGGGCUCCUGCACGCCGCCGCGUUUCCCUCGCGGUGUUCAUGAAAACAGGCUUCCGAAGAGGAAGGGAUUGUUUCGUGAUUUCCUGCUGCUGAGAAUAAUAAAUGUCUUGUUGCAAAUAAAUGUGACGGCAGUUACUCUUAGGUGCCACGGAUCGAUGUCAGGGUGGUCAGCAGCUCUGGACUAAACCGCCCACCUCCAAUUUGUACAACAGUAUUGAUACAUAGGGCUACACUCAUUCCUGUUCAAGUCUUCUAUGUUGAAAGUUGUGUUUAAUUUCUAAAGUUUAAAAAAAGCAAAAAAAAUGGUGCUAAACUUUCACCCCUGAGCACGCUCAGUGAGACUGGUCAUGCAAGCAUCUUCAGUGCCAUGCUCUUUCAAGCCUGUUUUUUCUCGUAGAAAUGUUGCCCUAUUUGUCUUCCCCAACGUAUAGUAUGUUUUUUAUUUUAUUGAGGGUGGGGUAGGAUACCUGCCAUUUAAGAAAAUGAACAGAAAAUUUUAAAACCCAGGAAAUGGGGGGAAAAUAAAUCAGUGCACAAGAAUCGGGCUCCUGAAGCCCAGCACCACACUGACGAGGGCUCCGUGGGCUCUCGUCACUUUCUGGAGUGAAGAAGCCCGACUCCCUGCACAUUCCCUCACGCCCCCAUCCACGUCCAGCAGUGGAGAUGCUCGAGGUCCUCUUGCCUUGGCGAGGGGACUCUGGAGUCGACCGAGGAAAACUGUUUGGCCUCGUCAGGCAUGGCACUCUCAGUGUCUGUCCCGAAUGGGGUCUAGUCAGGAAGUGGUCUGGAAGUACACGGUCAAGGUCACCUCCUGAAGAUGUACGGCAGGUGGCUCUCAGGAAAAACACCAAGUCUGGAUCAUCCACGUGGCAGCUUUGCGUAGGGAGAUGACAGCUCCGAACUGGAACUGACCUGCCUUCCACGUGCUUGACCACAGCAGUGAUGAGGGUGGCCAGUCCACGGAGUGGGAGUGGUGGGUUUAGAGAGAAGGGAAGGUUUUCUGCUCGGUGUUUCCUUUGUCCCUGGGCUGCUCAAGCUGAACAGUAACCACUGCUUUCAAGGAACCAGCCCACCUUGGCUGCUUUGGUUCGGAGUUCGUUUCCUCCCUAGCUGUGAGUGCCUUUUGGUCUGGAAGGUUGGCUUGUCUCAUAAUACCCACAGCUAGGACAUUCUCUCUGUAAUUUCGAAUUGUCCUUGUUCUCCAUUAACUAAAAGAGAAUGUCUGAUCACUAGAGUUCGUCGGUGUUGGAUUGUUUCCACUGUGAGGUUCUUAAACUUUUUCGCUUCAUGAUAUUAAAGCAACUCAUGUUAGAGACCCUUUCAACAUGAAAGGUUUGUAGUUGAGACAUUACAUAUAUUUUAUUGUUUAUAAUAAAUAUCAUCUGUACAAAAGUCCUGGGUGUUAAUUUUAAUAUUUGCACAAGAUCUGUUUUCCAUGAUAUGUUAACACCUACAAUUUCACUAACUGUUCACGUUAUUUUCUAUUGAGAUUCUGGAGCCUAGGGAGCUAUUUGUUCUUUUUGUUUAUUUUCAUUCUUACUUCCCUGAAGCAAGAGACUUUGUAUGGCCUUCAGUGCAAAGACUUUAGACCAAUUCUUUGUAUUACACUUGGUUGCCUCUUGGCUAUAUAACUUCUGAGUGCAAAUCAUUGAACUCUUUAACAAAGUAUUGUAGAGAAUAAAUCAUAAUGGGUAAAAAUU